CACAUUCACCCGUCCACAUUGUUGGCUGUGCUUAACAUUUCCCCGAACAAGGUGUCAACUCUCAAGUCAGGAGUCUCCUUGAUAGCCCAAGUCUCAAGAAAACCCCCACCCUCUUCCGUUGGUGAUUCGAACCCAUGUACCGGCCUCUACACCUCUAAUCAGACCGCUCGCGGAACACUCUCGUUGCCUAACGCUGCGAUUUCGCAUUAGAGACUGCCUCUAAUGCCGAUCGUCCUCACAUGUAAUCCACUAUGAGCAGCAGCAUCCCUGUACAACCUUCAUCUUCCGCUGAUCGAGCUGCCAUAACAAAUCAACCUGAUGAACUCGACGAUUUUGGGCUUCCAAAAAGGCCCGCACCCAACCGCCGACCACCUCCUCCCGAUUCGAGCGACAGCGAGGACGAUGACGCUCUUUUCCAUGAUGCCGAGGCGACAGCCGGAAGCGUAGAUACUGCAGGUGCACCACAGCCCAAGCAGAAUGCCCUGGACAUUAAUACUUCGGCGGGAAAGGAACCGACUCUGGACAAGGACUCGACCCCGAAAUCAGACAAUGGUCAAAUCCAGUCGGAUCCCGCGCCACCACCAGGUGAGAUGAUUGGAGAACAAUUGUCCCAUCCAGACCCGAAGACGGAGCCUCCCCCUGAGUCCAUUUCCCACAAGAGCCCAUCAGACGAAUCCAAAAACCCUCCCGCUGACAGUGCCGAUGUCUCCAACCCUGCGCCAGAAUCCGGGGCAGUCAAAACCGAUUCAGCCGCGCGAAAUGACACCGAUCUAUCACCAGAAUCCCCAAUCACAAAACGUGAACCAAAAUCCGUUGGUCCUACUGUGUCUCAAUGGUCCCACCAAAAAGCCGUUACCAAAGAUGAUUCAGAUGAUGAGGAAGAGGAGGUCCAAUGGCAGUCCAUGCCAGCCAUUGACGAGUUUGACAUCUACGAUGACCGUGGUCGGCUUGUAGCCAAAGGCACCAAAGAGGAAAAAGAGGAAUCGAAUCCUUACGCCAAUUUGGGAGGCGCCGGAAAAGGAUACACCAGAGUUCAACUAGAUGAAGAUGCCAAAUCAGUCACUAGUCUAGACGACGACACAGACUACUUAUUCCGCAGUGGACCCAAGGCUGAUACCGCCAACCCUGACCACCUUGGAGAUAUUGACGAGGAAGCCGAGCAGCGAGAUGCUUUAACCCAGUUGGAAGCCACAAAAGACCUAUUGACCGAAGGGCAACGGAUAGCCUAUGUCGGCGUCGUCCGCUUGACGAUUCAUAAGAUGUUUCAAGCCCUUGGAGACAUGGAGAAAACCAGAGGCGCCCGAAAAGAGAUUGGAAAGGCCUUAGAAGACAUGGACAAAUGGGGUCAGACAAUGAUGGUCCGACUCUACGCCCAUAUGGACAUCAGUCCAGACGAACAGAUCAUGAUCGAACAGCUCGCCAAUCAUGGUGUCCAGCCAUCAGACUUGAGCGCUCCCCUGAUGCACAAUGCUAAGAUUGUCAAUCCUAUGGCAUCCAAGCAGACUGUAGACCGAACCCGGAAUUCCGGCAACUUCAGAGAUUCCAGGGCUUCACUCGUGUCUUCAAAGACCACGGAUUCUUUGAAAGAAGUCAAAGACGGUGAAGAGGUCCCCGAGGUCCACGGUCCAGCAGACAUGCCCAGCAGCAGUCAAAUUGAAUUGGACAUUAGAUGGACCGUUCUAUGCGAUCUGUUUCUAACAUUAAUUUCUGACAGCGUUUACGAUGCUCGCUCGAGGCGUUUACUAGAAAGGGUCGGCUCGACCCUUGGAAUCAGCUGGAUCCAAAUCUGUCGUUUCGAGAAGCGCGUGAUUGACUCCUUGGAGAUGCAAGAAGAAGAAGUAAAGGAGAAUUGGGACGAGACAGACAACAUGGAGCGAAGAAGGAAACUUGGCCUAAAGAGAAAGUAUAUGGUGAUGGGGCUUGCAACAGUCGGUGGAGGCCUCGUCAUCGGCCUAUCAGCUGGCCUUCUUGCACCCGUCAUCGGGGCCGGUUUGGCAGCUGGCUUCACGACCAUCGGUGUAGGCGGGACGGCAGGCUUUCUUGGUGGCGUCGGUGGUGCAGCUUUGAUCACCUCUGGUGCUACUCUCGCAGGAGGUACCAUUGCAGUUCGAGCCUCCGAUCGCCGCACUGGGCACGUUCAGACAUUUGAAUAUCGACCCCUUCACAACAACAAACGCCUCAACUUGAUUCUGACCGUCGCCGGCUGGAUGAACGGCAAGGUUGAUGAUGUUCGUUUACCUUAUAGUACAGUGGACCCAAUCAUGGGUGACAUCUAUUCCUUACUUUGGGAGCCGGAAAUGCUUCGGUCCAUGGGUGAGACCAUUAAUAUUCUUGCCACAGAGGCAUUGACGCAGACGGUUCAACAAGUCCUGGGCAGUACCCUCCUCGUUGCUCUCAUGGCCUCCAUUCAGAUUCCCAUCAUCUUGACUAAGUUAGCCUACCUGAUUGACAACCCCUGGAGCGUAUCUUUGGAUCGUGCGAACGCGGCGGGUCUAAUCCUGGCGGAUUCUCUUGCCGAUCGACAUCUGGGCCAAAGACCUAUCACUCUAGUGGGUUUCUCAUUGGGCUCUCGAGUCAUUUUUGCGGCGUUGAAAGAGUUGUCCGCUCGAGGAAAGUAUGGUUUGAUCCAAAAUGUCUAUCUAUUUGGCACUCCAGUCGUCUACAAAAAGGACGAGUACCUACGAGCCCGAUCCGUGGUUUCCGGUCGUUUUCUCAACGGCUACGCUUCAAAUGACUGGAUCUUGGGCUAUUUGUUUCGGGCAACGUCGGGAGGCAUCAUGCGUGUCGCUGGACUUGCUCCAGUCGAAGGCAUUCCUGGCAUUGAGAACCUUGAUGUGAGCAAGUUUGUUAACGGCCACAUGGCGUACCGUGCGGCCAUGCCUCGAUUGAUGCGAGAAGUUGGUUGGGAGGUUGAAAGCGACGAGUUCACGGAAAUCGAAGACCCUGACCCAGACAAUCAUGCCGAACGACAACGAGAACUGAUCAAGGAGAUUGACGCGGCACGUAAACAAGCUGAGGAGAAGCCGGAAAAACGACGAUUUGGGUUGUUCAAGCGAGGCAAGCUCGCAGAGAAGCAAGGGUGGGAGACGUACAACAGCAAAGAGAACGGUCACCGGAGAUCAACCAGUCUCACGGCUCCAGACAGUUCCAAUGGCGAAGGCCCAAAUGUCCUGUUCGACAUUGACGCUAUUCGAAAAGAACUUGAGAGCGAGAUGAUCGAAGUCCGAGAGCUGAACAGCACGCUACCUCCGAUGCAAAUCACCUCGUACUCUGAUGGCGAAAAGCAUGUCGAGUACUUACGCCUUCCAUCUGAUAUCAAGGCGGACGAAUUGGCAAGGAUGAACUUACCACCUCGUCCAGAUGAAAUAGAAGUCGGAUUUGCUCCCCCGGCCAGAGCAUCAUCUCUGAGGCCAAUAAGUAGAGCAUACAGCCCGCAACGCACGCCUCAUUUCACGCCAGAAUCAUCUCCAAGGCAUACUCCGCAGCGAUCUCUCAACGCAUCCCCUAUUCCCAACUCCCGAUUCUCGAAAGACUACACAGAAACACAGGGAGCCAGCACAGCCACGAAAGCCAGCCCCUUGCCUCAAAGUCAUUCACCGAAGCUUGAUUCUUGGACUACACCUUAUAAUCCACGCCCCGAUCUCAAUUCGCACGCAACAGAAACACCCCCUUAUGCUUGGGAUCGUCCAAUACCGAAUUCUGGAAACAGCGUUACGCCGUCCUUUGCGGCACUGGACCUCAAUCAUAAUGCUUGGGCAGACGAUGACUACGAUGACUUUGGUCAGAAGAAAGGCAACGUUUCUAUGACAUUUGAAUGAUUAUUGGUGUUUGGCAACAACUGUACAGCGCCGUUGAGAGCCUCAUGCAUAGCGAACUGUUUGCUUUUUACAGAUAUAUGGCGGUAGUUUCUUUACAACAUAUCCA